GGCUGCCAGUGGAAGCAUUGGACAAGCAGGAACACAGGGACAUGUAGACUGCAGCCUCAGCAAUAGUCCAUCCUGAGUACAGAUAAGGACAGCAGGCUGCGGAGAGCCCUCUGUCUCCCCCCCACCACUUCUGCCCAUCACUUCUUGUUUCUUUCUUUUUUGGGAAUGGCUUCAGGGGUCCCGAGCCUUUUACUGCUUCCUCUUCUGCUGGCCCAGGUGGGCUUCAGCGAACCCCAGGAUAUUGACGCCCCAUCCCUAGCCUUCGUGUUUGAUGUCACCGGCUCCAUGUACGAUGACCUCAGACAGGUGAUCGAAGGCGCCAACCGCAUCUUGGAGCGCACCUUGACCCGAAGGACCAAAACCAUCAGCAGCUACGUUCUGGUCCCUUUUCACGAUCCAGAGAUAGGACCCCUCACCAUCACCACAGACCCGGAAAAAUUCAAAAAUGAACUGGAAGAGCUCUAUGUCCAGGGUGGGGGUGACUGCCCGGAGAUGAGCGUGGGUGCCAUCAAGAUGGCCUUGGAAGUUUCCCACCCUGGAUCCUUCAUUUACGUUUUUACAGAUGCCCGUGCCAAAGAUUUUCGGAAGAAACAAGAGGUUCUUCAGCUACUGCAGCUCAAGCAGUCUCAGGUGGUCUUCGUGCUUACAGGAGACUGCGGAGACCGGGCUCACCAGGGUUACCGUGUAUAUGAAGAGAUCGCAGCCACCAGUUCAGGACAAAUAUUUCACCUGGACAAGCAGCAGGUUAAUGAGGUGCUUAAGUGGGUUGAAGAAGCCAUUCAGGCCUCUAAGGUUCACCUGCUGUCAACUGAUCAUGAGUCUGGAGGUGAAAGGCAAUGGAAGAUUCCAUUCGACCCAAGCCUUAAAGAGGUCACCAUAUCCCUGAGUGGACCGGAACCUGUUAUCCGAGUCACUGAUCCCACAGGAAAAGAGCUGUCUGUGGGCCAGGGCCUGGAAGAGCUGCUCAGUAUCCCAAAUUCGGCUCUCGUUUUAGGACUCAAGCCAACUGUGCCUGGAAUAUGGGUCAUCAAGAUUGGCAGCAUUGGCCGUCAUACUGUCAGAGUCACUGGGGUUAGCACAUUGGAUUUCCGUGCCGCUUUUUCCACAACGGCUAUAACUGAUCCUGGACGUGUCAUUGAGCGCCCCAUUCAAGGUAUUCCUAUCUCAGCCUUGAUAAAUUGCACUGGUCUCUCUCCGCCGGGGUUAGUGAAUAGCCUGGACCUCCUCCGCGUUUCCGGAGAUUCGUACCUUUCUCUGCUGGCUCAGCGCAUACCAGUUAAGCGUAGCAAACAACUUUGGACAGUUCCUUUGUUUCAGGCACCUCGUGGAAGCUUCUUUUUAAAAGUUAACGGCACCGACCAUAAUGGAUAUCAGUUUCAGAGACUCUCUAAUGUAGCAUACACAAGCAUAAUACCAGAUGUCCCUUCUGUGUCCAUGCUGCCACAUAUUCAGGGCUUCCACCAACGCCCACUGACACUAACCUGCUCAGUUCAAAGUGACAUCCCCUUUAAGGUUCGCUUUUCCAGGAAUGGAGAGAGACUUGGAAAUGAACUGUCCUUUACGGAACCCACCAAUGCCACCUACGAAAUUCCAUCUGCUUCUGCCCGCCACGAGGGUCUUUAUCAAUGUACAGCUAUAAGUAAUGCUGGAGCAGGUUUUGGCCAAACCCAAGUAUCUGUGGCAGAUCCUCCUCCCACAAUCUCACUCCACCAUAAUGUCACAGUUUCACUUGGUGAAGUUGCAGUCCUUACCUGCCAUGUGCUAGGAGAUGUCCGUUACAACCUAAGCUGGCAGCAUGAUGGCAGGGCGCUGAAGGACGGGCGUCUCUGGAUCCUGUCUAACUCAUCCCUGCAGAUUCGCAAUGUUCAGCCUGGAGAUGCUGGGAGGUACCAAUGUACUGCCAAGAACAACCAUGGCACCACGACAGCAAGUGUCUGGCUUUCUGUACAGGAGCCUCCACGGAUACACAUGGAGUCAAGUUCCAGCCAACUGUCCCACGGAGGGGAGGUUAGGAUCCAGUGUGAUGUAUCAGGGUACCCUGAACCUCAGAUCUCCUGGAAACAAGGGGACACCUUCCUCACCGAUGAUAGCAAACACACAAUAAUUGACCGUAACAUCCUAUUGAUUAGAGAUGCCAGCCAGGAGGAUUCUGGGAAUUACAGCUGCGUGGCUUCCAAUGAUUUAGGGACAGAUGUGCAGUCAGUAACUCUAGUAUACACUGAACGUCCUAAAGCCACCGCUGUAAAGCCUUUGCUGCAGGUGCCCAUAGGAGAAGACACCGUGUUAGAAUGUAGCACUGAGGGGCUGCCUGAGCCACUGGUCAUAUGGUACAAAGGUGACAAGGAAGUAACAGGCCUUAUUAGCGGCUCCCAUGGGGGGACUCUGACAUUGCAGGAAGUGACAGCAGAGGAUGCUGGGGAAUACACUUGUGUGGCCUCUAAUGAGGCAGGAACAUCAUCUGAUAUCAUCCACGUAGAAGUUGGCAUUCCUCCUCAGUUUGUAGACUUUCCUUUGGACGUAGAAGUGGAUGUUGGAGAGAGUGUGCAGCUCAUCUGCAGUGCUGAAGGGAGCCCCGUACCAAUAGUGUCCUGGUCCCGCCAUGAAGAGGGUCCAAUAGUCCCAUCUGGAACUACAGAGAUUAUCGGUGGCCUUGGGUCAAACACCGUCCAUAUGAAAAUUGCAAAACCAGAGGACACUGGAGUGUACGUGUGUGAGGCCCGCAAUCCAUUCGGCUGGGUACAAGCAGAAAUCCUCCUAACAGUCACAGGACUUGUGGCUCCGCAGGUGGGUAAGGCCCCAUCGGAGAUAAAUGUCCUCGAAGGAAAUCCUGUGUUGCUACCAUGUACAGUGACAGCAGGAAACCCUCUUCCGGUACAGCGCUGGGUAAAAGACUCAAGACCUCUGCAGUUUAUUUGGCGCCAUUCCAUUGAUGGAGCAGGUGGGCUGCACAUAGAACCAGCCUUGAGAGAGGAUGCUGGGAAUUAUGUGUGUGAGCUGUCCAAUGCUGCCGGAUCGACCAAUCAAAGCAUUUUUCUCAACGUUCAUGUUACUCCCUCCAUUGUUCCUGGACCAACAGAGUACACCACACAAGAGGGGAUGCCUAUCACUUUACAAUGUAAUGUCAAAGGGUACCCACAGCCUACUGUGACCUGGUCAAAGGGAGAAGAAUUGAUAACAAUUGAUGGCAGCCAUUAUCUGCUAAACAAAGAUGGCAGCCUCCUGAUUGCUCUGCCCUCCAGUGCCGACUCUGAGUAUUACACCUGCACCGCAGAAAACCAGGUGGGGACCGCUAGCAAAGUGUCCCAUCUCUUAGUACAUGCAAAGCCCAAAAUAAGUGUGAAUGGGUCACAUGAUGCAAGCAUCCCAAUACCAGUGGUGGCUGCGUUGGGGGCGGAGAUUACAUUGCCCUGUGAUGUCCAAGGUGUGCCUCCACCCACCAUCUCCUGGAGGAAGGACUCCUUCCCGCUGCCCAUUGUCUCAGCCAGACACCAUUUGCUGCCCUCCUCGUCUCUGAAACUAUCUGAACUGAGGGUGAUGGACAGCGGAUAUUACACUUGCCUGGCUUCCAACCUGGCCGGUAACACAUCACUUACAUACAGCCUGGAGGUCCAAGUUCCACCACGUGUCCACCCAGGACCAAAGGUCUUAAAGACUCUUCUUGGACGCUCAGUGGUUCUGCCCUGCGUAGCUCAUGGAGACCCAACACCAGGUCUUAGUUGGUACAAAGAUGGUGUAGCCUUGAGGGUAGGAGACCAGGACUUCUUACAAGGGCCUGAUGGCAGUGUCAGUGUCAUGGAGGUCCAACUCUCUGAUUCCGGGAAUUACCGCUGUGUUGCUAUUAGCAGUGCCGGAAAAGAUUCACUGGAAUUUAGGCUAGAAGUGCUGGAGCAGCCAUACUUCAAGGACAACUCUGAUGUUCUGUUGGAACAGACAGCCUAUGAGCCUGUUACCCUGGCAUGCCCUGUGCAAGGUACCCCCACCCCACUUGUUCGCUGGCUAAAAAACGGAGUAUUUCUUACCGGUAAUGUUCCAGGGAUGACCCAGUUGGGCAAUGGUUCCUUACUGAUUGAAUCACCACUGCCAAAUCAUACUGGAGACUACAUAUGCUUGGCUACUAAUGAAGCUGGCUCAGCAAGAAGGAAGACUAAGCUGGUGGUAUAUGCACCACCAAGGAUACUAGAGAAUGGACAGGCACAGAAUAUCUCGCUGAUGGCCAAUCAGCCUUUGAGUUUGGGCUGUGAAGUGAAUGGAGUCCCCUUCCCGACAGUCACUUGGAGCAAAGAUAACAAAAUUAUGACUGAGGCACCGGGGAUCAGUUUUCAGUCUGCUGGUCAGGCUUUGCGCUUUCACCGAAUGCGUAAAGAUGAUUCAGGAUCAUAUACGUGCAGGGCGGUGAACCGUGCCGGAGAAGCCCAUCGUACCUACAAUAUCCUAGUAUUUGUGCCGCCAACGAUCUACGGGGCCGGAUCUGUCCAAGAUUUGACGGCACGAGAGGGGACAGAAGUGGAGCUACAAUGCAGAGUGUCUGGGCUGCCUAAACCUCAAGUGCAAUGGACCAAAGAUGGACAGCCCCUGACACCCGGGGACUCGACCCUUCAGCUGGUAGAAGAGGGACAGGUACUCCGGCUGAACGGCACCAAGCUCUCCCACCAGGGCAGAUACCAAUGCCUCGCCUUUAACCACGCUGGACAACAAGUCAAAGACUUCAACCUGAAGAUACUCACACCACCCACUGUCUGGUCAUCGAAUGAGACAACAACGGUGGCCUCUCUGCUGCAUGGCUCUGUGGUUCUAAAGUGUGAAGCCAAGGGCUCUCCACCUCCCAGCAUCACAUGGUUUAAGGAUAAACGGCCAAUCGUGUCCAGCUCCAAGGCCUCCUACAGGGACAGUGGGAGGAGUUUGCAGUUGAGUCGGGUGCAGCUCUCUGAUGCCGGCACAUAUACCUGCAAAGCCACUAACCAUGCUGGCACUGUUGAAAAAACAUACCUGCUGGAGGUUUAUGUUUCUCCAGGCAUUGAGGGCGCGGAAGGAAACCCACUGAACAUUAAAGCCAUUGUGGGUCAUCCUCUUGACCUAGAGUGCUCUGCAACUGGUCAUCCUCCACCAGUUCUCUCCUGGCUUAAAGAUGGACUCCUGGUAUCUGAGAGAGAUGGACUGCAGAUAAAGGAUGGUGGUCGAGCCCUACACAUUGCUGCAGUGGCUGAGAGCAACCAGGGUGUCUUUACUUGUGUUGCAAUCAGCUUGGCUGGGGAGACCACCCUGAAGUACUCUGUGGAGGUUCUUGUUCCCCCAAAAGUUCAGAUUGGUGACGGAAAUGAACACAUGACAGUGAUAGUAAAUGACCCGUUGGAUCUUUCCUGCCGUAUAACUGGGCACCCAACUCCCAGAGUGUGGUGGUUAAGAAAUGGUCACCCGGUCAGUGAUCAUGAUGGUCUGGAGAUAUUAGAUGGAGGAAGGACUUUAUCCAUAAGUCUCAUACAGUCAGGACAUGCCGGGAGGUACACAUGUAAAGCAGAAGGGGAUGCCGGCUCUGCAGAGGCCAUGGUCAAUGUGUUAGUGCAAGAGCUUCCUGUGGUCAGCAUCACGGGCGGCAGCAGCACGUCUGCUAGAUUACGGGAACCGCUAACUCUAGAAUGUGAUGUUUCCGGAUCUCCACCUCCCUCCGUCAGCUGGUGGAAGGACGGGUUCCAGUUAUCAAGCAAUCAGCUUACACUGCAGAUUGAGGCAAUUUCCAUUGAUGAUGAAGGCGUUUACACUUGUGUGGCUGCCAACUCUGCCGGAGAGGGAAGACAAGAUGUUAUACUGAAUGUGCUGGUGCCUCCUAAUAUUGAGCCAACUGAUGUGAACCAUACAGUGGUGGAAAAUCUCCCAGCAUCCUUAGAGUGCUUGGCGUCAGGAAGUCCUUUGCCUGUGGUGGCGUGGUACAGAGGUGAAGGUCAGCUGCUGUCUGCAAUGCCUGGUGUCACCUUUCUAAAUGAUGGCAGGAUCCUGCAAAUUGAGAGAAUCAGCACCUCUGAUGCCGGAGAGUAUGUCUGCGUGGCAUCUAAUGAAGCUGGCAACACCGAGCUCCGCUACUCUCUAGAGGUUCAUGUGCCACCCAGAAUUGUAUCAAUGACAGAACUUGCCACGUUCCUGGUGAAUGAACAGGUUUGGUUGGAGUGCAAUGCCACGGGAGUGCCUGAGCCAACACUUAUGUGGUUGAAGGAUAAAAUUCCUGUUUCCACGGCAAGAGCUGGCCUCCGGAUUUUGGAGCAGGGCAGAAUCCUUACCUUGUCUGCAGCCCACAUAUUGGAUUCUGGAAUCUACACCUGUGUUGCCGUUAAUUCUGCAGGGGAGGACAGCCAUGAUACCGAGCUGCAGGUCUACAUGCCUCCAAGCAUCCUGGGAGAAGAGUUCAACUCAUCAGUCACUGUGAAUCAGCCGGUCACCUUGGAGUGUGAGAGCAGUGCUUUCCCACCACCUGCAAUUACCUGGCUAAAAGAUGGACGCCCACUUCCUAAAAGGGCCGGGAUCCGGGUGACAGAGAAUGGACGCUUCCUACAGAUUGACCAGGCUCAGCUGCGAGAUGCUGGAUGGUACACCUGUGAGGCCUCCAAUGAUGCCGGGCGUUCUGAGAAGCAUUACAAUGUCGUCAUCUGGGUCCCUCCCAGUUUCCCAGCAUUUCCUGAACCCUCCUUGCCAGUUAUCGAAGGACAGCCAACCAGCUUCACCUGUGAAUGUCAGGGCUCUCCACCUCCUCUGCUUACCUGGAUGAAGAAUGGGUCCCCCCUGGAGGGUGAGGAUGUGGCUCUGGUGUCAGCCGGAGGACGGUUGCUACAAAUCAGUAAGGUCCAGGCAUCGGAUGAAGGCAAUUACACCUGUGUGUGUAGCAAUGAGGCCGGCAGCACACAAAGGGACUACUGGCUGGAGGUCUAUGCUCUCCCAGUAAUCGGUAGCAGUGGCCAUAUUGCAGCUCCCAUAGCGGUGACCCGAGACAGCACCGUGACCAUGGAAUGUGUGGUCAGCGGCAAGCCUGCUCCCUCAUUGACCUGGCUGAAGGACGGUUUUCCAUUAGGCAGCGGACCUAACUUGGUAUUGAAGAACAAGGGGCAACAGCUGAUCAUCUCCCGGGCAAUGUCUUCCCACUCUGGCCGAUAUGUCUGUGUGGCAGUAAAUGCAGCGGGGCAGACUGAUAAUAAAUAUGACCUCACGGUGCAGGUACCUCCAGAAAUAACAAGUCCACAGGUGGAGCCACGCAAUGUGUCUGUAGCUUUACAAGGUAGCUUCACUCUUUCUGGUGAAUCUUCUGGAAUACCUCCUCCGACCAUCACAUGGUACAGAAACAACAUGCCUCUUGCUCCGCAGGGGAACAUCCACAUUCAAUCAGGUGGACGUGUCCUUAAAGUGGUACAUGCAGACUUUGGGGAUGCGGGUGCUUAUGCUUGUUUGGUAACAAACGCUGCAGGGGGAUGCCAAAAAGGAUUUUUUUGUGGAUAUCUUACUUCCGGCCCCAUCAUAGAGGAUGACGAGAAUGAUAAAGAUUACCGAGUGGCAGAGGACAACCUAUUGUUCUUCGCUGCAGAGCUGCAGACGAUGACACCAAGUCCUAGAGGUCACCCAGCUCCGCAUAUCACCUGGCUGCGGGAUUCCAGUCCAGUACAAAGUGGAGAUGGCAUUCAGAUAUCCAACGAUGGCACUGAGCUAUACAUUGAAGCUGCUAGUGUCUUCUCUGCCGGACAUUACACCUGCCUGGCCACCAACUCUAUUGCAGAGAGAAGCAAACAUUUUGUGCUGACAGUGUUAGUGAGUCCCACCAUUUCCUCCAAUCUUGAUGAUGACACCAAUGAAGACGUUAUAGUCAUUGUUAACAACCCUCUGUCACUUAUCUGUGAGGCCCGAUUUCCUAUUCCUACUGUUACCUGGUUAAAAAAUGGGGAACCCUUUAAAGAUUCACCCAAUGGAGGUCACGGGCUACAGAUCCUCAAUGCCAGGCAAGAAGAUGCUGGACAAUACACCUGUAUAGUGACCAAUGAGAUAGGAGAAGCCAUAAGGAAUUAUGAAGUUAAAGUGUUUAUUCCACCACAGAUCACAAAGGAUAGCUCUGGAGGUAAUAUUGGUGUAACAGAAGUGAAGACCAGAGUGAACAGCAGCCUAACCCUCCAAUGUGAAUCAUGGGCUGUGCCAAAGCCAAGUCUCCACUGGUAUAAGGAUGGACAGCUUUUAGAAAAUUUUGGCUCGGUGCAGAUCAUUGGAGAUGGGCAUGUACUACAGAUCCAGCCUAUCCGAGUGAGCGACUCAGGACGCUACACCUGCGUGGCCACUAAUGUUGCUGGAGAGGAUGAAAGAGAAUUCUAUGUGAAUGUUCAAGUCCCCCCAAUUUUCCACAAACCAGGGAGCCCCAGCGCUGCUUUAGAGUUGGCGUAUCGAGAGGACGAAGAGGAGGUGACUGAACACAGGGAGGUUGUUGCCUCCAAUCCGAUUUCCUUAUACUGUGACACUAAUGCCAUCCCUCCACCCACCCUGACCUGGUACAAGGAUGGACAGCCCGUUACCCCUUCUGAUGGAGUUUUGGUGCUGCUGGAUGGCCGUGUCUUGCAGAUACCCAUGUCCCGGGUAGAGCAUGCUGGGAAAUACACUUGUGAAGCUUCUAAUGAAGCAGGGGAGGACAGACUGCAUUAUGACCUUGUUGUUCUCACUCCCCCCGUCAUCCUCGGAGAAGUGGAUGGAAUAAUACAAGAAGUGUCUGUUAUAUACAAUCAAACUGCAGAACUUGUGUGUGAGGCAACAGGUUCUCCUCCACCUACAAUCACCUGGCUGAGGAACGGGAUGAUACUAUCCACCGUUGAUCAGUACGAGAUCCUUGACGAGGGGAACCGUCUGCAGAUCCACUUAGUUCAGGUCUCGGAUAUAGACAGCUAUGUGUGCGUGGCAGAGAAUCCAGCUGGCUUUAUGGAGAGACUCUUCACUUUAAUGGUUCAUGUUCCACCCAGAAUACUUGGUGCAAGAAGUGAGAACGUCAGUACUGUCCUCCACACCUCAAUCUCCAUUGUGUGCGAUGUACAGUCUCACCCCACCCCCGAAAUAACCUGGUACAAGGAUGGACAAAUCCUGCAUCCCGGAAGAGGGUACCUUAUCAUGCCAGGGGGGCAAGUGCUACAGAUUGCUCGAGUUCAGCUCUCCAACCAAGGAAUAUAUAUGUGCAGAGCUCACAAUCCAGCUGGAGAAGAUGAGAAGCAAAUACAACUCACCAUUCAUGCUCCACCCAGUAUCAGAGAACCACCCACUGGGACCAAAGAGACAGUUCUACGUGUUGGCGGAACCCUUACAUUACUGUGUGAAUCUGAGGCUCUCCCUCAUCCGGUUGUCACUUGGUAUAAGAACGGCCAACUACUCCCAAGUGGCGAUAGUGUUUCCAUCUACAACAGUGGCCAGAGACUGGAGAUACAGAAUGUCCAGGCAUCAGAUAAAGGUAUCUACACCUGCAAGAUGAGCAAUGUAGCUGGUGAAGCUGAGCUGACCUACACAGUGGUCAUACAAGUACCAGUUUCCAUCAUCCACCCACAGAAUGAGACAAUUCAGCUUACCAUUGGGAAUUCCAUAGUCUUAUCAUGUGAAGCUGAAGGCUCUCCACCACCUAAGAUUACAUGGCUAAAGGAUGGGCAGCCAUUGGAGCAUGUUGGAGACAGAGGAGUGAUCAUCAGGGGUAGUCGACUGCAGAUUGGCAGAGCACAGCCCUCACAUGCGGGUCACUAUAGCUGUAUAGUGCACAACCAUUUAUCUCAAGCUCACAAAGACUUCCUGCUGCUGAUACAAGUGGCUCCAAGAAUCGUUGGAUCAGAAAUUCCAAGUGAGCGAAGCAUCCAGGUGAAACAGGAGGUGACACUAGAAUGUAAAGCAGAGGGAACACCCGCACCCCAAGUUUUGUGGCUGAAGGAUGGAAGACCCCUGGAUCUUGUCUCAGCUCCAAACAUGCGUCUGUCCCAAGAUGGAAGCUCUGUACAUCUUACAUCCGUGCAACCCUCUGACUCUGGCCGCUACACAUGCCUGGCUCGUAAUGUUGCUGGCGAAGACACAAAGGUUUAUGUACUAAACAUUCUUGCUCCCCCAGUGUUUGAAUCAGGCUCCAAUGUUUCUGAAACACUCAGCAGUGUCCCGGGAUCACAGGUUACCUUGGAGUGCCAAGCCAGUGGCUCCUUGCCAAUGCAGUUGAUGUGGCUGAAGGAUGGGAGCCAGCUUUCCUCAUCCCGAUUCCUCAGGAUCUCCUCUGGAGGGCGGAUACUACGGAUAUCCCAAGUACAAGUCUCAGAUGCCGGCAUUUACACCUGUGUUGCAUCAAGUCCUGCUGGAAGUGCAGAGAAAAGCUUUACCCUGCUGGUUGAGACCUUGCCAGUGGAGAAUUCUGAGAGCACAGAGGAAGUGACUGCUGUCAAAGGUUCCUCCGUGACAUUCACCUGUGAAGCUCACGGGUCUCCGCUGCCUUCGCUGUCCUGGGAGAAAGAUGGCGAACCUCUCAACUUACAGAGUAACCUUCUGUCCAAUGGUCUGGGGACCCGGCUAUACCUGGAGUCAGUUCAUGCUGGGGAUUCUGGUCUUUACUCCUGCAUCGCUCACAAUGCUGCCAGGAGAGUCAGCAAACACUUCCGCCUGAUUGUUCUAGAACCACCAAGAAUCGAAGGACCUGCCAUCUCCACUGAGGUCUCAGUUGCUGUGGAUGAGUUGCUGGAAUUGGUAUGCAAUGCAGCAGGUAUACCUCCCCCUCAGGUCACAUGGGAGAAGGAUGGACAGCCUUUAUCAAGUCCGGAUGUAGUUACAAGGAACGGCACAGUCCUCAGGAUAGAGAGGGUGAAGGCUGAAGAUGGUGGAAUCUAUGUGUGUGUCGCUAGCAGCCCAGCGGGCAGAGAUUCCAGGGCCACCUGGGUGCGAAUGAAAGUUCCUCCCAGUGUAAUUGGAUCCAGUGAACCUCGCUCAGUAUCUGUGUCCAUUGGUGGACAGAUAGUUCUGGAAUGCAGAGUGGAAGGAGAUCCAGCUCCAGCCAUUCAGUGGUUCAGAGGAGAAACACAUCUUCAGACCGACAGGAGAGUCCAAGUUUUGUCUAAGGGCCGAUAUAUACAGAUCCACAGCCUGCAGGCCUCAGAUAGUGGGGAAUACACCUGCAUUGCCAUAAAUCCAAUUGGCCAGACCAGCCUGACGUUUAUUGUAGAGAUACAAAUUGCACCUUCAAUCAUGCCUGGACCCUCAGUAGUCAGCACAUCGGUUAACCAAACUGCGGUUUUGCCUUGCUGGGCAGAAGGGCAUCCAAAACCAGCUACAACAUGGAGGAAAGAUGGCACUCAGCUCUCUGUGGAAAUGUCCAGGCUGGAGUUCCUCAAUGAUGGAUCCCUUAGCAUUCCACAAGUUCUCCUGCAGGAUUCUGGAUACUACCUCUGUACAGUCACAAACUCUGCUGGAAUGGCUCGGCGUGGUGUCGAGCUUAGGGUUUUUGUUAAUGGUGGCUUCUCAGAGUGGCAGGAGUGGAGUCCAUGUACCAGAACAUGUGGCCAGGGAGUACAGGAAAGAAUCCGGUUAUGUAACAACCCCCCUCCCGCAAAUGGGGGAAGACCAUGCAUGGGCAGGGAUGUGGAUGUGAGAGCAUGCAACUUACCACAAUGCCCAGUGGAUGGAGGAUGGACAGGCUGGAGCAGCUGGUCACAGUGUUCAGUAACCUGUGGUGAAGGAAGCCGCAAACGCACUCGUUCCUGCUUCUCUCCUCCUCCCCAAAAUGGUGGCAGAACCUGUGUUGGGAAGGACACAGAGGCAGAGCCAUGUCAGCUACCCCAAUGUCGAGCGGUUGCCACUCGUGUACGGGCCAGCCUCAUUGGCAUUAUUAAUGAUCAGGAUUUCGGACUAUCUUCGCUCAGUGCCAAUAUGACGGAGAACAGCCGUUCUGGGACUACCACAAUUACUAGCACCAUUGAAAACAUCCCUCCUUCUAUAGGUCCCUUGAUGAGAGUGCUGGUGUCUAUGAUUGCCCCCCUUUACUGGUCUGGAGCUUUCCCCCAUGAUGGCACUACCAAUGGUUUCUCCCUGACUAAGGGCGUCUUCCGCAAAGAGUCUCAGGUGGAGUUUGCAACAGGUCAGCAGCUGCGUAUCACACAUAUCGCUCGAGGCCUGGAUGCUGACGGCACCCUUUGGUUUGACAUCGUGAUUAAUGGAUUUGUACCAGACACUGUGGUGUCUUCUGAUGUCAUUGUCCAGGAGUUCAGUGAGACGUACGUACAGACUGGAGGAGGACAUAUAAAUGCUUGGUCAUCGCCUACUUUCACCACUGGUGCAAGUUACCUAACAUUGCGCUGUAACCACACCGUGGAGUACAAUUCUACGCUAGGACGUCAACCCAAGCCUACCCAACGAGUGCACAUUAGUGCCAUCCGAUCCUCGUACAUUCCUGACUCAGAGGAGCUUCACUUCCAGCUGACGGCCUCCCUCCAAGCAGGCUUGAAUGGAGGAGCGUGUCCUCUGGGCUUCAUACAGUCUGCAGACUCGUACUGUACAGAUGUGGACGAGUGUGAGAUCCACAGGCCAUGUUCCCACACCUGUCAUAACAACAUGGGCAGUUACUCCUGUUCCUGCCCAGCAGGGUAUACCUUGGCAAUGGAUAACCGCAACUGCAGAGACCUUGAUGAAUGUAAAAUGGCCACCCAUCAGUGUCCAUCGGGACAAGAAUGUAUCAACAUGCCUGGAACAUACCGAUGCCACCUGCGCUGCGGACCUGGGUUCCGACCCAACGCAGAGGGAACAGCCUGCGAAGAUGUUGAUGAAUGUUCCCAGUCCUUUCCAUGCCAGCAGAGGUGUCUCAAUACCAUUGGCUCUUAUAGGUGUGCAUGUGAUCCAGGAUUUGAGCUUAAAGGCACACGUUGUAUAGAUAUUAAUGAGUGCCUAAGAGGAAUUUGCCAGCCCCAGCAGCAGUGUAAGAACACCCUUGGAAGUUACCAGUGUGUAGACAAUUGUCCGGGGGGUACCAUUCGCUCAGAGUCUGGAGGCUGCAAUGAUAUUGAUGAGUGUCGUGAUGGCUCCCACAUGUGUCGUUACAACCAACUGUGUGAGAACACAGUGGGUGGGUACCGCUGUACAUGUCCGCGGGGAUACAGGACUCAAGGUGUUGGGAGGCCAUGCUUGGAUAUUAAUGAGUGCCAGCAGGUACCUAAACCAUGUGCCUAUCAAUGCCAAAAUCUGGCUGGCAGCUAUAAAUGCCUGUGCCCACCUGGGAAGCAACUUUUAGGAGAUGGGCGCUCAUGUGCAGGACUGGAGAGACUCGGGUACAAUUCAACCUUCGGCACCACCAGAGCCCAAUUCCAGCAACCUCUCACUAAUGGCCGCAUUCAUGGAAACAACGUUUACACUUGGCUGUCCUUCAGUCAGAAUGGCAACAUUAUUGGUCAAAGCAGUACCGGCCGCUGUCCUCCAGGCUUUAUGCGUAGACAUGGGGUGUGCACGGACAUAGACGAGUGCCAACAGCGAAACCCCUGCCAGCAUGAAUGUAGAAACACAGAGGGCAGCUUUCAGUGUCUUUGCCCUGCAGGCUACCGGCUGCUCCCCAACAAUAGAAACUGCCAGGAUAUAGAUGAAUGCACAGAGCAGAGAAUUUCCUGCGGACCCAACCAGAUGUGUUUCAACACCAGAGGAGGCUUCCAGUGUCUGGACACGCCUUGUCCUGCCUCUUAUAUGAAGGGACCCAGCCCAGGGACCUGCUAUCGGCGCUGUCUAACGGACUGUAGCUCUGGAGGUCCAUACACCCUGCAGUACAAGCUUUUGACAUUGCCAUAUGGGAUACUACCAAAUCAUGAUGUCAUUCGUCUUAGCGCCUUCUCGGAAGGGGGACUCCUUCAAAACCAAACCAGCUUUACAGCCCUGGAGCAAGACUCAGGCAGUCCAUUUGCCAUCCGCGACGAAGGGGGUCACGGGCUCAUCUAUACAUUGCGGUCACUGGACACCUCUGGAGUAUACAGGAUAAAAGUGCAGGCGGUGACUCAUACCGAACAGCAAGGGGUGCGAUACCAGAGCAUCUUCAUCAUCUACAUCUCCGUAUCGCCAUACCCUUACUGAGACUAAAACUCUGAGGAAUGGUGGAAAGUUCUGGACUGCAACUAAAGAGCCAGCCGAACACCAGACCUCAUCUUCUAGAAACAUAUUUUUAUACUCUAAGCCAGUAUCACUAUUUGACAUGUCCUGACUGUGGGUUGCUGGCACUGCCAGCUACUAAUUUAUGGGGUGCCAACCCAAGUAUGAUGACCAGAGAACUGUCGGCAGCAAAAGACUGUCCUCCACUGGUCAGGUCAUCACAAUCCUUUGGUGCUAUUGCAACUUCUGUGAUGGGAGCCUAAUAUAUCUCGAUGAAGAACGCAGGAAUGGUAAUGAUAUUAUUUAAUACCAAGGUGCUAUAAUGUGCGGUAGUCUUAGCCACCACUCAGCUUUUAGCCAGUUAGGAAAGUGUAUGACUUCUGAUUGAUUGACAUGGGUUACUUUGUCUCUUGUGACCAACGUGUUGCAACCCAGAACAAGCAGAAGUCAGGAUACUAAAAGCAGACUGGUGAGUCUUUGUUGGGUUACUGCACUCCUAAUGUGCUAGAAUUAGCUGGAGGGUAGUAGUCAAUAAAAUGAUAUAUCAAUCAGUUUUUGGAAUUAAAUCUUACCUCUAUAGGUGUCAUGACUCCCGUCAUAGGAAAAUGAACCACUGAUUGACAGGAUGAUCUGGCACUUGUAGUCCCUCCAAGAGCUAGUGUGUUAUUUAAUGGGUCUGUUGGGAGGUGUAUACAAUUCUGCUAUUGUCUCAGGAAAAAGGAUUUACAGCACUGCAACUGACUCAGGCUUUACACCUCCUAUCAGCCCCGGGGAACUUCUCCACUGCCAUCAUGACCAAACCUUGGCUACUCAAGAAAUCUACAACUGUUGUACCACUAUAUGACUGAGUUAGACACACUCCAGGCAAACAACAUUAACCAUUGCAGCACUACACCUUGGGACGGAAGUGGCCUGGUGUACUGUAGAACCAGCUGUUGCUGGUAACAUGCUAACACAAUCUACCAAUAUGUUCAAACUGUAGUGUAUUCCUAGUCCUACCCCAAAAGGUGACCAAUUUUCCCAAAGGGAGGCACUCUGCCAUGUUCUUAUUCUUUGCAUUCCCCACUUCUCCCGGUCCCCUCUAUGCAUCCCCAAUGUGAAUUAGUAUCUCCAGUUCUCCUCUUCGAUGCCCACGUCUUCUCCGCUGCUCCUCCAUGCUGCCCCAUUCUUAUCACCCAUUUCCUCACCCUUACCCACCACUCCUCAGUGCUGCCCCAUUCUUAUCCCCCACACUGCUCCAUUCUUAUUCUCCAUGUUGCCCCAUACUUAUCCCUGCACCUCCAUGCUGCCACAUUCCUAUCCCUGCUCCACCAUUCUGCCCCAUUCUUAUUCCUGCUCCUCCCUACUGCUUCAUUCUUAUCCCUUCUUCUCCAUGCUGCUCCAUUCUUAUUCUCCAUGUUGCCCCAUACUUAUCCCUGCUCCUCCAUGCUGCCACAUACUUAUCCCCACUCCACCAUUCUUCCCCAUUCUUAUUCCUACUCCUCCAUGAUGCCCCAUUAUAACCCCCUGCUCCUCCCUACUGCUUCAUUCUUAUCCCUUCUUCUCCAUGCUGCCCCAUUAUUUUUCCUUGCUCCUCAACACUGUACCAUUUUUAUCCUCCUGCUCAUCUAUGCUACCCUAUUUUUCCUGUUCCUAUACUUGCUCGGCCAUGCCUUUUGGUCCUGGUCUGAUCCUAGUUAACCUGUGUGCUGUCCUUGUUUGAUCCUGGCUCUUCCAUGCUGCCCCUAUUCUUAUCCCUUGCUCCACCAUACUGUGCCAUUCUUAUGUCUGCUCCUCCACGUGGCCCUGGUCUGAUCCUGGGUUUUUCCAUGCUGCCCCUUGUCUCAUCCUAGCUCCUCCAGUCAGAUUCUCGCUCCCCCCAAGCAGCCCUGAGCUGAUCAUGGCUUUCCAAUGCUGUUCCAACCAAACUUUGUCUUCCUGUUGCCUCAAUCUGAUCCUGACUGCUUAAUACUGAUCCAGUCUGAUCCCAACUCCUCAGUGACGCUACAUUACAAUACAGCAAACUUUGUGACUUUAACCCAACUGUACUUGUUUCUUGAUAGAAUCAGCAAUUUAGCAUGUAACCUUGUUCAUUGCCUGGAUUCGCCAAUAAGGCAGCAAAAAAAGAUAUGGGCACAGCACCGUCACUCAUUGAAUCCAAUCCGAUUUCGCUUCACAGAGAUCGGAUCAGUGU